AAUACAUUUUCUCUCUUUCGGUUAGGCUAACAAACCCAAAAUAAGUAAAUCAAAUCAAAUUAAUUCAAGUAUAUCUCAGCUCAGAUGGACACGAUACGGGAAAGUUUGGGUCGUUUAUUCACAAGGAGCUACGCAGCUGAUACGACCGGUGGCCGUCACACGGCGGAGGCAAUCGAGGAGGAGCUGAAACGGAAAGAUGUGCUAGAUCUGAUGCAGCAGCAGCAUCAGCAGGACCAGCAACAGGAUCAGGAUCAGGAACAGAAGGGGAAGCAGCAACCGCAGGAUACGAAGCCACGCAUCAUACCCAAGGGCGAGGCAGACACGCGAAACGUCAGAACGAAUGUCUAUGAGGUAACAACUGCAAAUCUGCCGGCGAAACGUGACUUGGCCAGAUCUCUGAUGGCCGAGCCAGCACCAAUCAAUUAUGAGAUGGAAUUCGUGGACUUCAUCAAUCGGAAUACGCCGCCCGGCUUUGGCAAUAAGCUGCAGCAAAUGCUGCCCUAUCUGGGCGUCAGCUUCAUUGCCUGGCCCACCUAUUGGAUGUGGCGCGGCUUCCACUGGCAGUCGAGGCGGGGAAGCGAAAGGAUUGGCAUGUACAUACAAAGGACCUUCCAGCAUGCCAAACUCAUGCAGGUGGCCAUUUUGAGCCUCGGCUUGAUUAUGGCCACCACGACACAGAGUGGAACGGAGCAACUCGACGUGCAUGAGGUGUCCUACAACUCGCGCAAGAAAUAAA